GUGACGUCUAACGAAAAUAUGGCACAAAUAUAGCACUCAAUUGACUGUCGAUUGCAUUCAUGCUAUGAAUGAGUGAAUGACUACUCAUUUAAUUGUGAUUGAAAUCAAAUCAAUUGAUUGUUUCGUUUGAAACAAUUUGAAUGAGAGUUUAGUAUUGAAGCAAAUAAUGGACACAAUCUCUGCCAUCGAGUCUAACGUCGAGCCAAUCGUUUCCGUAAGAAAUGCCUUUCAAUGACAAGUCGUUAACCCAUUUGUUGUGACUCUGAGGUCGUGUCCACUCCUAUACUCUUCGCCCCAAUUGUCACAAACACUUCCCUAUUGUCGAUAUGAUAGCACUUGAGGCCAAUCUAACCAUCAUUUUAUGUCAUCAAUAGAUGAAUCUAUUUGUCACUACUUUUACUCAUUUUUAGACCCAUUGUUGAGAUGUUUUUUGUCCCAAAAACUAGUGAUUUAUAUAUGAAUUAAUUGAUUGAAAGGUAUUGUCGAUGACUUCGCUCUUUAAGCCACGGGAGGAACAGCUGAGCGAAGAGUCGAAUGGUGUGUAUAUGAAGACCAAAGAGGACUGUAUGAAGCACUUUGACUCGUGGUGUGAAUCGGAUCAGACAGACUUUGUCCAGUUCUUGCUGUCGAAGAUGUCUCACUGCCAACACUCGCAAAUCAAUUGUUAUCUCAAACCAAUGCUUCAAAGAGAUUUCAUUUCGUUACUCCCGAAGAAAGGGUUAGAUCACGUCGCGGAGACUGUGCUCUCCUAUUUGGACGCCAAGUCUUUAUGUUCAGCAGAACUGGUCUGCAAAGAGUGGUAUAGAGUUAUCUCUGAGGGUAUGCUUUGGAAGAAACUCAUCGAAAGUAGAGUCCGAACCGAUUCUCUGUGGAGAGGACUAUCACACAGGAGAGGAUGGGUGCGAUACCUGUUUAAGCCGAGCUCUGGUGAACAACAUCCCGAUCACAUGUUUUAUCGGCGAUUAUUUCCUAAAAUAAUUCAAGACAUCGAAAGCACUGAAAACAACUGGAGAUCCGGAAGACAUAAUCUUCAGCGCAUUAAUUGUAGAUCUGAAGCGAGUAAAGGAGUCUAUUGUCUACAAUACGAUGACCACAAAAUCAUUAGUGGUUUAAGAGAUAAUACAAUUAAGAUAUGGGACAGGACUACACUUCAGUGCUCUAAGAUCCUGACCGGACACACGGGUUCUGUACUGUGUCUACAGUACGACGAAAGAGUGAUAAUCAGUGGUUCGAGUGAUGCGACGGUUCGUGUCUGGGAAGUGGGUUCCGGACAGAUGGUCAACACUUUGAUACAUCACUGCGAAGCUGUGCUGCACUUGCGGUUCAACAACGGAAUGAUGGUCACCUGUUCUAAGGACAGGUCCAUCGCUGUUUGGGACAUGACUUCGCCAACAGAUAUAAACCUGCGGCGAGUUCUGGUCGGCCACAGAGCGGCUGUUAAUGUGGUUGACUUCGACGAGAAGUACAUUGUUUCGGCUUCUGGUGACCGAACCAUUAAAGUCUGGAACACUUCUAACUGUGAAUUUGUGCGGACUCUUAAUGGACACAAACGAGGCAUCGCUUGCCUUCAAUAUCGGGACCGACUUGUGGUGAGCGGCAGCUCUGAUAAUACCAUUCGAUUGUGGGACAUCGAGUGCGGGACGUGUUUGCGAGUAUUGGACGGACACGAAGAACUGGUCCGUUGUAUUCGAUUUGAUAACAAACGUAUAGUUAGCGGAGCUUAUGAUGGUAAAAUAAAAGUAUGGGAUUUGGCGGCAGCGUUGGACCCGCGCUCACCCAACGGUACGCUGUGUUUGCGAACUCUUGUUGAACACACGGGUAGAGUAUUUCGGCUACAGUUCGAUGAGUUCCAAAUCGUGAGCUCUUCACACGACGACACUAUACUUAUAUGGGAUUUCCUGAGUCCCGAACCGCCGGCUCCGACCCCUAAAAGCCUGAACUCGCCCUCUCGGCCGUCAUAUUCUUUUAUUGCCUCAUAACCACUGAUUAUUAAUAUAUAUAAUGCUUUUAAUUAAUAAUUGUAUUAAUCAACGAUA